AUGGAUUUCGUGCCGGAAGGACUGCUCCCCCGCUGGCUGCUGCUCGUUGGCGCCGUGGCUGCGCUGAAUGGCGUGCAGAACAUUAUGAAGCCUGCGUUCAGCACGAAAGUGUACUCGUCGAACGCCGGCCGCGCGCAGGCCACGCCGCUGUCGGCGCGCCUGUUUGCCAUCUGGAACCUGACGUCGGCCAUGGUGCGCCUGUACGCUGCGUACAACAUCCACGAGCGCGGUGCCUACGUCCUGUGCCUUGGCACGUUUGUCAUUGCGCUCGCGCACUUUGUGUCGGAGAUGCUCUUCUUUGGCACGCUGGCGCUAGUGCCUGGCUCGAUCAGUCCGCUGAUUGUUGCGUGUACGUAUCGUGACUGA